AGAUGAUGCUGGUCGUGUACCUCUUCAUCUCAGGGAUCCGCAGAUAACGACAAGCUACAAGCAUUGCCUCCCAAUAUGGGGGCGUUCAAGGUUUACAAUGUUGCGGACUUCGCAGACAAACUCCCCCAGUCUGUAGUCAACAAAGGCGGUGUCUUCAUUGCUAUGUAUCAGAGGGAGGCCAUGUGGAUCUCUUUCUCUCAUCCUACGAACAGCAGGGUGCAUCCCGCUGUGAAAGUAUCUGUUGGCGGAGUGAAUGCCCUCACUGGGACAGCACAGGGUAUGCAUAACGAAGGUGACCAGGAUUAUCUGCCAAUCCACAGCGGUGGUGGUCAACUAUGGCUGGAUGGAAUCUGUACUGCACCUGGUAUUGUCCGCCAGUUUGUUGCUAUGCAACUUGGCCAUGGUUACACAAUUGAGGGUCAGAUAACUGGUGAAGAGGAAAUUGGGGGAAUGCAGAUUGAUGUCUUCAAGCCAUACAUCACCACAGCUCUGUUCAGAUGCAAUGGGAAGGUUAUGAACCUCUUCAACUCACCAGCUCAAGAGGGCCUACAGCCAAGGGCUUCAUUGUGGAUGCAAGAUAAAGCUAUCAUGUCUGAAGAAUUGAACUCAGGAGACACAAUGACACAAGCAAUUCUCACUACCUCUCCAAUGAUACAGGUCAAGGCUAUGACAGUAGGAGACCCAUUGCUCAUUAUAACAUUCACUGGAAACCCAAUAACCAUUCCAUAUGAGAGUCACCUAUUGAUUGAUGAUCUGAAGAAAAAGAUCCAUAGGAAAGAGGGUACUGCACCAGAUGAUCAAAGACUGAUAUUUGAAGGACAUUUGUUGGUAGAUGGGAGGCUGUUGUUUGAUUAUGGUAUCAAACCUGGAUCAACUAUUUAUCUGCUCCUUAGCCAGAGAGGGGGUGCAGACCCAGAUGCAAUAGCUGGAUUUGCUGCAGGCGGGCGGAUUUCCCAGAAGAUCAAUCGAGACACAUUGCCCCCACUGGCGUACGAUGACGCCGCGCCGACGAGGCUACAUAUCACGGUCAUCAAUGCAGCGCAUUUCUCUGCCAUGACAGGCCUUCCUGCGCCCUCUACUCCCAUCAGCACCUCCACUUACCUCGAGAACAAGCUGCCGUGGUUCACCCUUUACGACGAACGUGUCCCGGGUGCGAAGAUGAACUUCAAGGCGAAUCCACUCCCCAAAGUCAAGUCUGUCGCGGCGCUGGAUGCCGUACGCGGCGUGCGGAGAAAGACCACAUCGCAGAGGGGAUGCGCCUUUUGCGUCCACGGCAAGGCUGCCUUCCUCCUCCACCCCUGCUCUCACGUCGUCUGCGAGGACUGCGCGUCCGGGCUCGGCUCCGACGUCUGCCCUGCAUGCCCGACGACCGUUCAUCGCCGCAAGAGGCUCGCUGACGAAGAAGACGACCCACAGUUCGGACUGGAGGCCGGAUCAUACGAGGGCCGCGUCGUUCAUUUGAAGCGAUAUGCGAAGGGCGACAAGGUGGCGAGCUUCAUACUGCGCGAGCAUGCGGUCUCGAAGUUGUCGGGAGAUGGAAGGGCAUGAGUUCUGCCUUCAAUUUGUUGCGCGUUAUGUCGUCCGUUCGUCUGUGUCAUGUACAAUCUAGCGAGUUCGAGAGUCUGGAAUU